AUGUACAACGCAAAGGCGUUCGCUCCAAUUCUACAAAUGAUGGAGUCGAAUAGACUCUUGGAGGAGGAAGAGGGGAAGAAAAGAGUGACGGGUCAAACCCUGUACCUGACCAGGGACGUGACUGCAGCGCUGGACCGCUGGGUGAAAUUCCGGUUUGACCGUAUGAUCUACGUGGUGGACAACAGUCAACAUCAACUCACCGCAUUGCAGGGAGUGCUGAAUGCACUGGAUUACGACUGGGCCAACACUAUCGAACACGUAAAGUUCGGCCGUAAAUCCCAGGGCAUGAGCACACGUAAAGGACAGGUAGUGUUCCUACAGGAUAUUCUGGACGAGGCAAAGCAUAAAAUGAUCGAGAAGAAACAACACCAAUCAUCAACGACAAAAAACUCAUCUGAUGAAGUAUCCGAUGUUCUCGGAGUAUCUGCCAUUAUUGUCAAUGAUUUAAAACAGCGGAGAAUGAGAGAUUACAGCUUUGACUGGAACACUGCGCUGCAGAUGGAUGGAGAUUCAGGAGUGAAGCUGCAGUACACCCAUUGUCGCCUCCACAGUUUGGAGCAAGGCUGUGGCGUGACAUUGCCUGACACCUGCGAACCCAGUCUGCUGUCAGAGCCAGAGGCUUUGGCCGUAAUCCUUGAGAUCGCCAGGAUGGAGGAGGCAGUUGAACGAGCUCAUAAUAAACUGGAGGCAUAUGAGAUAGUGAACUACCUUUUCAGACUGUGCAAUAAAACGAGCCAAGCCCUUAAAACGCUGAAUGUGAAGAACCAAUCGGUCCCGGUGGCGGAGCAGCGGCUUCUGUUGUUCCACAGAGCGAGGACCGUGUUGCACUCUGGUAUGAGGUUGCUCGGCUUGCGACCUCUAACUGAGAUGUAACAGCCUCUACUCUUGUAGUGUCUGGAUUAGCUCAGCAGUUAUCUGCUACCUCUGAUGUUUGUUCUGGGAAAGAAAUUAAUUAAAGCUGUGGACAAGCGCUGAUGCAGAGCAAUGCAUCUACUAUCUGUUACAGCCUCCCAAGUCAACAUGUAGCACAGUAUAUUUAUGAAGAUUGAAUGUAAUUUUUUAAAGCCUGAAGAUUUUUUACACUUCACUUGAAAAAAGUCUCAAUAUUUGUUUAUGGAUAAGAAUUGGUGAGGAUAUUUUUAACAUGAUAGUACUAUUACAGAAGUGAGUAUGAAUAUUUUAAAAGGUCACCAAGACAAAAUACAAACAAAAUUUUGUACUAAGUAGUCUUAUUUCAACAUCUAAUACUAAAGAACAUACCUGUAUUUAGCAUUAAUUUAGUUUUUACAGUGCUAAUAUUGUAUUGUUUUACAGAAUAAAAUGUGUUUUCAAAAAUUA